GGAACGGCGUGUCGCUGGAGGUGACGUGUAAUGUGUGCGACGCUGCGGCCUUGGAGCGGGCGCCGGGCGAUCUGAGGGAGCGAGUUGCCCCACUGAGGAUAAAAGUGUUUUAAUUCGGAGGCUCAUCUGGGUCCAGCGGGGAAGGAGAGCGAGCUGGCUUGAGUGUGCUGUAUUUAAACAUCUGCAGUUCUCUUGGAGCAAGAGUUUAUUUGUUAACUACAUAUCAAGGAUCAUGGAAAGGCACUUGAAUGGGAGCUUUUUCAAACCAAGCAUUAAUUCUGAUCUGUCCAUUUUAUUGACAAUUGAGGAGACAAGGCUCAUCAGGAAAUGAAAUUUACAAAUGAGCAGUGACAUACCAAUCACACAAUCUCAGUGUGGUCUGUCCCAAUGGGAGAUGAAAAGGAUAACUGGAAAGUAAAAACUCUUGAAGAAAUUUUGCAGGAAAAGAAACGACGAAAAGAGCAGGAGGAAAAGGGUGAUGUGAAACGUCCAAGAAAUCCCUCGCUGUGGAGGUGCCCAUCCAGAAUUCUGUUGGAUGACAGGGAUUCUAAGCGGGACUCACUGGAGGAAGGAGAGCUUCAGGAACACAAGGACAAGAUGGAGAUAACUAUACGCAAUUCACCACACCGACGAGAAGGAUCUAUAGAUGAUCGAGGUGAGGAGGAUGAUUCUUUGGCAAUAAAACCUCCUCAACAAACCUCUAAAAAAGAAAAAUCACAUCACAGAAAAGAGGAACGCAGAAAGGAAAAGCGAAGACAUCGAAGCAGAUCGGCUGAAGUCUUCAGAACUGAAUCAUGGGAAACGAAGACUGUUACGAAGAAACUCAAAGAAUUUAAUGUCUACAGGGCACUUAAGGCAGAUGAGAUGAACUUUAAAAUCUUCAAGGAAAUGAGCCAAGAAAUGGGAAAACACAUCAGAGGGAAGGAGAAAGAUAAGGAAAAAGAGAGGGAGCAUGAGCGAAGGAAACGACAGCGAGAAGAGCAAGAUAAGGCACGUAGAGAACGGGAAAGGCAGAAACGGAGAGAACUUGCCAGAGAACAUUCCAGAAGAGAAAGGCACAUGAAACCUUUUAUAGAUACAAGCAAUGUGGGGCAGGGCAGUCCUUGGGACCGUCUUGAGCAACUUGAGCGUCAGAGGGAACGGGAGAGGAGAAUGAGGGAGAGAGAACAACAGCAGAAGGAACAGUGGGAGCAACAGAAGGAACGGGAAAGGCUCAAGGGGCGAGAUAUCAGGAGAGAAGUUAUGAUACAGCAAAGAAUAGCAAAGGAGGAGUACACUGCAAAAAUGAAGUCUCAUCACAGAAGUCAUAGCCCAGUGUGGUAUCACACGGAGAGGAUUGAACUUGGAGGUGGAAGAAAAAUUGUUAAAGAGGAGAGGCAUGAAGAGAAAGAUCCACUGUCUGAUUUGCAGGAUAUAAGUGACAGUGAAAGAAAGACAACAUCUGGUGAAUCCUCCUCAGGGUCUGCAACUGCCUCCGAGGAAGAAGAGAGCAGCAGCGAGGCAUCUGAAGAGUCUCCCAGUCUGUCGGAGGUCGAAUCUGAACAAUCUCCUGGAGAAAUCAGUGAAGAGGAGGAACUCAGUGAUGAAGAAAGGCAGAAUGGAAAUCACAUCCAAAUCGUUACAGAGUCAAAAUUUGAUCACGAUUCAGAAGAGAGUGUGGAAGAGGAAGAGGAGGAGAUGGAGGAGGAGGAGAGUCUGGUCUCAAAUACUCCCACUGAAGGGGACUAUGUUCCUGAUUCUCCACCUGUUUCACCGGUUGAACUGAAAAAAGAAUUGCCACAGUACUUGCCUGCUCUUCAGGGUUGCCGCAGUGUAGAAGAAUUUCAGUGUCUUAAUAGAAUUGAAGAAGGAACUUAUGGUGUGGUUUAUAGGGCUAAAGACAAAAAGACAGAUGAGAUAGUGGCUUUGAAACGAUUAAAAAUGGAAAAGGAGAAGGAAGGGUUUCCAAUUACGUCUCUCCGGGAAAUCAACACAAUUUUGAAAGCACAGCACCCAAACAUUGUCACUGUUAGGGAAAUUGUAGUGGGGAGCAACAUGGACAAGAUAUACAUAGUUAUGAAUUAUGUUGAACAUGACCUCAAGAGCUUAAUGGAAACCAUGAAGCAACCAUUCUUACCAGGUGAAGUUAAAACACUGAUGAUACAACUUCUAAAAGGUGUUCGACAUCUUCACGAUAACUGGAUCUUGCAUCGGGACCUAAAGACAUCAAAUCUAUUACUGAGUCAUUCAGGAAUCCUCAAGAUUGGCGACUUUGGACUUGCCCGAGAAUAUGGCUCCCCAUUGAAACCUUACACCCCAGUAGUAGUAACUCUUUGGUAUCGAACCCCUGAGCUGCUACUUGGAGCAAAGGAAUACUCAACUGCUAUUGAUUUGUGGUCAGUGGGCUGCAUCUUUGCUGAAUUCCUAACUCAGAAACCUUUGUUUCCAGGGAAAUCUGAAAUUGAUCAGAUUAACAAAAUCUUUAAGGAGCUGGGUACACCAAGUGAGAAGAUCUGGCCUGGUUACAAUGAACUUCCUGCAGUGAAGAAAAUGACCUUUACUGAGUAUCCAUUCAACAACCUGAGGAAACGGUUUGGGGCCCUUUUAUCUGAUCAAGGCUUUGACCUCAUGAACAAGUUCUUGACCUAUUGCCCUGCCAAAAGAAUUACAGCAGAAGAAGCAUUAAAACAUGAGUAUUUCAGGGAGACUCCGCUCCCUAUAGAAUCAGCCAUGUUCCCAACCUGGCCUGCAAAGAGUGAGCAGCAACGAGUUAAACGUGGCACUAGUCCUCGGCCCCCUGAGGGUGGACUUGGUUAUAGUCAACUGGGCGAUGAUGAUUUGAAAGACACAGGCUUCCAUCUGACAACCACCAACCAGGGAGCCUCUGCUGCUGGACCAGGUUUCAGCCUCAAGUUCUAAUGCCCUGACGUUUUAUUUGAAGGUUAGGGUGAAAGACAAUUCAGUAGCUCAAAGAUGCCUUUCAUUUGGUAUCUUAAACUCUGCUUUCUAGUGGAAGUUGUGCUGUAUUUCUUGUACAGCAUUACAGGUCAGCGAGCUCCAUCUUUUUUUUAAACUUUUAAAUAUCCAUUUGUAAAAUUUAAAAUAAUUUAAUCAAGUCAAUUGCAAUGUGGAAAAUAAUUGUUCAACUUGACUGGUUAAAGUGGAAUAUUUU